AUGGCCGAUACCGCAGUCGCAUCCGAAGCCCCCGCCCCGGCGACGCCCGCGAAGAAACCAAAGGCGUCCGCGGCGGCCGCAGGCGGCGCCGCCGCCAAGAAGCCUAAGGCGAAGCCGACGCACCCGAAGACCUCGGAGAUGGUGAACAGCGCCAUCAAAGAGCUGAAGGAGCGCAGCGGAUCCUCCCUGCAAGCGAUCAAGAAAUAUAUAGCCGCUCAGUACAAGGUGGACGCCGAGAAACUGGCGCCGUUCAUAAGGAAGUAUCUGAAGAGCGCCGUCGAAUCCGGCGCCCUCAUACAGACCAAAGGUAAGGGCGCAUCGGGUAGUUUCAAACUGGAGUCUAAAUCGUCCGCGUCCAAGAGCAAGCAGUCUGCGGCCGGCGGUAAGGCCGCCUCAGCUGCUGCGGCCGGCGGCGCCGCUUCCGGUGCUAAAUCUAAGAAGGCGUCCGCCGCUUCGGCCGGCGCCAGGGGCGGCAAGAAGGCUGCCGCCGCUUCGCCGUCGAAGGCGAAACCGAAGGCUACCAUAAAGGACAAGAAGGCCGCCGCGGCCAAGAAGAAGCCGGCGGCCGCCUCCGCGGCGGCCAAGAAGGCAGCCGCCGCCGCUUCCGCGUCCGCGGCGUCCUCCAAGGCGAAGGCGGGAGCCGCCUCCAAGGCGAAGAAGACCGCCAAGCCGCCGACCAAGAAACCUAAAGCCCCCAAACCGAAGAAGGCCGCCGCCGCCGCGACGCCCAGGUCGAAGCCCGCCGCCAAGAAAGCCGCCGCAGCUUCGAAGAAG